GGCGCACACUAGUGUAACAGCAUGAAACUCCAGGCUGAUCAUGUCAAUUUGUCAAAACCUUUGGAUUGCACUUUUGACACCGUAAGAUGUGCCGGUUUAGUCGGAUUUAAUAAUGCGAUAAUUCGGAAAGACAACGGCUGUAGCUGAUGAAACUCAAUGUAGUAAAGGGAGUCAGUGAUUAUGUGCAGCCAGACUCAACACUGACAUGUUUUGACAUGGUCUCUCAAAAAAGUUCUCCAACACCCCCAGAGGGUAUUACACCCUUCCAGCAGAUGGUGGCGUCCUGCUCCGGGGCAAUCAUUACAUCGCUGUUUGUCACACCUCUUGAUGUUGUGAAGAUCAGACUUCAAGCACAAAGGAAUCCUUUUCCCAAAGGAAGAUGUUUUGUGUACUGUAAUGGCUUGAUGGAUCACAUAUGCGUCUGCGAGAAUGGAAAUGGUAAAGCGUGGUACAGAGCACCUGGUCAUUUCAAUGGCACCCUGGAUGCCUUUAUUAAAAUAGUACGUAGGGAGGGAAUCAGAUCUCUAUGGAGUGGCCUUCCUCCAACACUAAUAAUGGCAGUGCCUGCAACUGUGAUCUAUUUCACGUGUUACGAUCAGCUGUUUGCUGCUUUCAAGGUCAGGAUGGGAGACAAAGCAGACAUGGCUCCGCUAUUAGCCGGUGCUAUUGCGAGAGUGGGCUCAGUCACGGUAAUAAGUCCCCUGGAGCUGAUCCGCACAAAGCUUCAGUCUGAGAAACUUUCGUACCGGCAGCUGAGCGAUGUGAUCCGGUCAGCGGUGCACAGCGAAGGCUGGCGAUCUCUGUGGAGAGGCUGGGGUCCCAUGCUGCUCCGAGACGUUCCCUUUUCAGCUAUGUACUGGUAUAACUAUGAGAAGGGGAAAUCCUGGCUGUGUGCUUACUACAGCUCAAACCCAACCUUUGCCAUUACAUUCACAGCUGGUGCGGUGUCUGGAUCGAUUGCUGCGAUCAUCACCUUGCCAUUUGACGUGGUAAAGACGAGACGACAGGUGGAACUUGGUGAAAUGGAGGCAAUGAAAUUGUCCACACAAGUCUCAUCCAGCACAUAUAACGUGAUGAAACGGAUAGUGGCAGAGAAUGGCAUAUCUGGACUGUUUGCAGGUUUUAUGCCCCGGCUGAUUAAAGUGGCACCUGCGUGUGCUAUAAUGAUCAGCACAUAUGAGUUUGGAAAAGCUUUGUUUCGCAAACAUAACCAGGAUAAAGAGAUCACGACCAGACUGCAGCCCAGUGCCUGAUCCAUCACGCACAUCUGAGAUGCAACAGCUCUGCAGAAAAUCACUCAUCUCUUUAUCAGAUAGCUUUGUUUGUUCACACAUUUUUCCCUUCAUGCGUGACUUUUAGCUGUCACCCAUCCAUUAGGUGAAGAAAGGAGGAACACGCUGUUUUUUUUUUU